GUUUCAACCCGCGAGAUGCUGAGUAAAGUUGUCAUAAUAAUUCCGCUGCUGUUUUUCCCGGCAAUUGCCGCGCUAGGAACUCAAGUCGUCAGCUACGACAACAGGCGAAUGCUAGAUCUGAUCGAGAAUCUCAAUGGAAGCGUCUCCGAGCAGCUGUCCCUGGUGGCGAUCACUUGGGGCAAGCUGAGGGCCGACUAUCCGAGGGAUGUUGGCAAGAUUGAGAGCUUACAGGAGACACUGCAACAUGUGAUUUGCAAGCCGGCGAGAAACGUUACUUUGCGCCACAACCUGCAGGCUCAGCUCAUAAGGGAGAAUAUCCGGGAGCAUCUGGAGAUUCUGAAUACCACGGCACUUUUUCAGGAAGCUCUGGAGGCCGAAGAACAUGAUCAAGGCAAAUGGCAGAUGGCGAUUGGGAGGCACUCGCAGAAACUGCACUGCCUGUACAAGCCAGUUCAACUGGAGAGGAUCCUGCAGAAGGUCCUGCGAAAGAUCUAUAACUUGAAGAGUAUCAGUAAGUUGGCUGCUCUAUUUUACCAGCUAUACAUCGCUCGAAAUCGGGAGUCAUAUGUGACAAUGAUUCACGCCGAACUAAUGCUCUAUGAUCGCUACAAAGCCAUCGGUCAACAGAGUGUGGAAUUCAACAGCUACAUGGCCAAGCUGUGGCAGAGUUUCCAGUUAGACGACUUCUAUUCGGGCCUGGAUCAACCCACCAACCAACGCCUAGUGGGUGCCAUAAUUGAGCUGCUUAAAUACAUUUAAAUUAAAUUAAUGAAAAGCCUUAAUCAGUUGUGUAAACUUUAUUCGGUGCAUCUGUUCGAGUGCUUAAGUACCUUGAUUUGAAUUUGCUAUAAUUACAUAUAGAGGUGAAUGCCUGUGUUCUUUACAUUAAAAUAUCAUGUUGUACAUAGA